AUGGUUGAAGUUGUGAAUCAUGUUUCUGGAUCUUCAUCCUCUGUUCCGUCAUCCUCUGUUCCAGCUCCAAUUAACUUUGAUGCUGGAAGUCCACUAUACAUUCACCCCUCUGAUAGUGCAGGUUCAGUGCUAGUUCCUGUACCUUUUGAUGGUGCUGGGUUUCGAUCAUGGAAGAGAAGUGUGUUACGUUCAAUUUCAGUGAAGAACAAAUUAGGGUUCAUCAAUGGAGAAUGCAUGAAACCAAGUCCACAGUCUCCUGAUUAUCGUCAAUGGGAAAGGUGUGAUGCCAUGGUUACCUCUUGGAUACUGAAUUCCUUGAGCAAGGACAUUGCAGAUAGUGUAGAAUACGUGUUUGAUUCAUUGGAGUUGUGGAGUGAAUUACAGGAUCGAUAUGAUCAGACCAAUGGAGCUAAGCUGUAUCAAAUCCAAAAGGAAAUUAAUGAUCUCAAUCAAGGUGUUCUAGACAUUACUUCAUACUACACGAGAAUGAAGAAACUCUGGGAAGAGCUCACCACACUAGGUGCUAAGAAUAUUUGUAGUUGUACUUGUACAUGUGGUGCUAAACAGACAAUGCAUAAGGCUGAACAAGACAGACGACUCAUUCAGUUUCUCAUGGGCCUUAAUGAGGUUUAUACCAUCAUUCGAGGAAACAUGCUAAUGAUGAAUCCUUUACCUUCUAUGGGACAAGCUUUUGCUCUCUUGGUUCAGGAAGAAAAACAAAGAGAGUUCAAACCAAACAAUCAAUUUUCUGCAGAAUCUUCCUCUUCUUUGAAUGUUAGCUCCAGUUCUUCACGAAGUUCUGGAAGUCCUUCAGGUGUGCGAGGUUUUCAAACCAACUAUGCCAAUAGUAAUACAAGAACAAGGCCUUUCUGUGAUCAUUGUAAAAGAGUUGGACACACAAAGGAUAGAUGCUACAAGCUCCAUGGAUAUCCUAGCAGACCAAAUGCCAAUUCAGGACCUAACAAUCAGCCUUACAAUAACUAUCCACCAAGGAGUCAAUACAACCAGAAUCAAAACUCCAAUUCUUCCCAGUAUAAAGGACACAAACGUAAAGGUACUGCAGCAAAUGUUCAUGGAGAUCUGCUAGAGAAGGGUGAAUCUAGUACUCAGAGUGGUCCUGCAAGUGUUUUGUCUCAAGAACAAUAUCACCAUUUGUCAUCAAUGGUGAUUUUUGCUCAAGCUUUGUGA